AUGCCAGCCGAAUCAAUGGGGGCUCUUCAAAGCCGCAAUCUUCAUUAAUUUCUUCAUUCAUGGUGUCGCAGUUCACUCUGGCUUGUAUCAAGAUGGGCCGGCCAGAGCUGGCCCAGCGGGCAGUGGCGGCGGCUGAGAGGCGGCUCUCCGACGACCAGUGGCCGGAGUACUAUGACACACGGACGGGGAGAUUCAUUGGUAAGCAAUCCCGGCUUUUCCAGACGUGGACCAUAGCCGGCUUCCUCACCUCCAAGAUGCUGCUGGAGAGACCGGAGAUGGCCUCAAUUCUGAGCUGUGAGGAGGACCUCGAUCUUCUGGAGGGCUGCGCUUGCAGCUUGAACAAGGGCGGGCGGAAACGGUGCUCCCGGAUUGCCGCCAGGUCCCAGAUCCUCGUCUAAUUCCGCCAGCUUCCCCAUACCCCAUUCAUACUGUAUAGAAAGUAAGAGAAAUAAUCCCUCUAGAGAGAGAAAGGAGGUGGAGAGAACAUCUCUCUCUCUCUCUACUCAUAUGCCUGGUGUAUCCCACCCCUAUGGCCACGUGCUCGUGUUUUAGCAGAGAGCCGCUGCCAGGGGUGGGGGCAAGGAGCCGGUGUGGGCUCGUUCAAGGAGGCUUGAGCGACUGCCUGCUGUCGGGUCCUCUUGAGCAGGUGUUUUUAUCCAAAUGGUGUUGGUGAUUUCCGAUUCAUUUUGUUUCCAACACUUGCUCAUACGCUCGUUCUUAAAUUUGUAGAGAGAAACCCACUGAUGUGCUACUGACUGCCUUUGAGCUCAUAAAAGACCAUUCCGUCUGUCUAUUGUAGAGGUAAUCUCUUGAGCUCGUAGUGCAUGCUGAGAGUAUGGAUCGACCCUCAAGUCGGCUGUCAGAGAGAGAAGGUGGAGAGCUUCUACAUGAUAGUGUGGGCCUCUCUCUCUCUCUCUCUCUCUCCCUCUCUUAUAUCUGUAGAGAGAAUCUAAGAGCAGGUUGACCGGGGCUGUACAGCUCGGCUGCUAUGUGGGGGCUGGGGCACUCCCUGCAGAGAGGGAAAGAGGACGUAAGGGAGACACGGAAAGAGAAAGUGAGGACCGGAGAGAGAGAGAGAGAAAGGAAUAUUUUUCUUUUUUAAGUAUUGUUUGA